AUGGAGACUGAGGUGAUCAAUGAUGAUGCCAAUGAAGAAACUGACUCCAACUCUGACCUAGAUGGCAGUGGCAAACAAUACAACUUCUGCACUUUGGGAAUGUACAACAAGAAGCACCCUAAGUGGAACUGUGCCUUUGAUGAUGCUUUGACAAAUGCAUUGCAUGGCACCAUUGAUACUACUGGGGAACACAAUGUCAAUUAUUUGAUCAUCAACAUCAUCAGGGAGCAUCAUACAUUCCAUCAGUUAGGCAAGCUUAAGAUGUUCAACUCUGAUGUCCAAAAACUCAUUCAGGAGAUUAGGUCCAUCCAGACAGAAAGCAGCUUGUUGGGAAAACCAUUUGCUGACAACACCCUGUUCUCUAACUUACAGAAGUGCACUAUUCACCACCCAAUGUACAAAGAGACUGUCACCACCAUUAGCCAGCUCACCUUCAGCACCCUUGCUACAGCCUUGACCAUUUGGCAGUUGGCAAUUGAGAACAACCCUGCUCAGAGGGUUGAUCCCUGCCAAGCCAGUGCCAGAGUUGCCAGCAGUGAUGACCAAGAUGAGCCAACUUUAAAGGAUGAGAGGAAUGAGAAGGAUGAAGACCAUACCAGUGCCAAGGUUGCUGCUUGGCCCUGA